AUGCGGCGGCCUGGGUGGGCCUUCUGCGUGGAGGCUCUCCUGCUGCUGCUGGUGCUUCCCCGAGCAGCUGGAGGAACAGCCUUCUUCAGCCGGCGGCGAUCUCUGCAAGUCCUGACUGACGGAGAGACGGUCUUGAAUGGCGUGCUCAACCUCUUCACGGAGGAAGGGGUUGCGGCUUGCGAGGGGAGCUGCAAGGACGCCUUCGCCACUGCCUUCGGCAUCGACGAGGUCUCUGUCGGCUGCGUGUGUCCCAUUAGCACUUCCGCCAGCGACGCCGACCGGCGCAGAAAUCUCAUGGGCGACAACAGCAAGCAGCCUACCUCGGACAGCGCCGAACAGAACAAAGGCAGCAGCGACAGGCGAAGCUUGCGGGCGCAGCGGCGGCGGUGGCUAGCGGAGACCGACUCUAGCGAGCCGGUCGCUUUCUCCGCGCGCGUUGCGGGGGGGCUCGCUGGCGGGGCGGCGGCGUUGGACUUGCUCUCCGAGUCUGGGUGGAGUGCGGUGGCAUCGGCCUUCGGGGUCGAUGAGGAUGAGCUGGAAAUCUCGACCCUCACGGUCACGCCUCCCGCCUCCACCAACUCCACCGAGACCCUUGAGGUCAUCACGGACUAUUUCGACGCCUCGGACAUCUCGAUCGUGUCGUCCUUGUCCACCACGGAGGGUACGGACUGGGCGGGCGGGGGACGUGGGGUGGCGCUAUUUCUCGCGAUGUUUGUGCUCCUCCUCAUGACCUUCUGCUGCUGCGGCUUCUUGGCUGGGCUCCUCUUGUGGAAGGCGAAAAAACACGGCGGCGGUGCCGUCGGCGGGGAGAAAUUUUUCAAGUCACACCUGCCGGAGCGCAACUCGUUUAGGUGGGGGGGGCAGCCCACAGCUGAUGGGAACCCGCGGCGUUCCGAACCUCACAGCAGCGAGGGAGCCUCCCCGAAUGGCCCUCUGCUCGGGCUCGUGGACUCUCAAGAUUCGUCGAAUAGGUCCCCCAGCCGCGAAAACGUUCCUCACGAGGGCGAUGAGGCCGCCGGGGGUGUUGUCGAUCACGUGAGAGCCACUUCCGCCUCGUCGGCAGCAGUAGCCCCUGAAUCGUCGUCAAAGAGCCGCGGGGUUUCCAGCGGCGAUCUCGGGAAGGAGCUCGAGAGUCCAAGCGCCGCCGGGCGGGGGGGGGUUACCGAGCAGACGGCGGCGGCGGCGGCGGGGGCGCCCGCUGCUACGGCGGGGGGAAGGGAUGAGGAAGGCGCUAUCCCUCGGAACGUGUCGAUGGAGGAGUCCGUUGGCACGAAUCCUCUGUACAAGACCGCGGCGCCUUACCGCCGAUCGACUAACGAGUCUCAGUCGGAACAAACACCGGGAAGGUCUCGCUUCUCCACCUUCUUGGGCAACGCCACCCCGUCCCGUCUCCGCCGUCUGGCCGGCCGAGUGGCCAAGAGCCCAGCCCUGUCCGCGAGCUCCCGCCGCUCGAAGCCCUCGACCGCUUCCAGGCACUCGCGCAGCGGCGGCUCGUCCACUCGCAGCCGCAGGCACCGGAGGCAGGGGUCAUUCCCCGGGGCGUACAGCCAAAGGAACUCGUCGGAGCUGGACCACCAGCGGCCCCCGGCGGACCCUGUCUACACGUUCAUGAUCAAGUCAUUUGACCAUUGACCACGCGUCCCUUUCGAGACGGAGCACCGUUCCUACCCCUACUAGAGACACCACCAACAUUUGGGAGCUCUUUACGUUUCUGCCACAAACUCCAUACA